ACUUUGUCGGUGGUCAGGUAACAGUAGAAGCUGUAAAAGAAAAGCUGUGGAAAAAGUGUGGAACUUCUGUUAGUUCAAUGCGCCUUGAGCUUUAUGAUGAUACUGGUGCUAAAAUUUCAGACUUAAGUGAUAACACGAGACCAUUUGGCUUUUAUUCUCUACAUGAUGGAUAUCGGCUGCAUGUUAUUGACACUGAUCCAUCAUCAGUAACAUCUGGUGGUUGGCUGGAGGACACCUCUCUUGUGGAAAACUACACAAUCUCUGAGGAGGCUUAUGAUAAACGGGAUGGUACCUUCAGAAAGUUCAAGGAAAAAUUGGCAUGCAAAAGUGCUACUGAUUAUGAAGCUAAAAUUUGUGACAACUACAUGGAAGAUCUCUGUGCACAUAUCAAGGUAGGAGAUAGAUGCCAAGUUGAACUUGGGGAAAGACGAGGCAAUGUGAAAUUUGUGGGUCAAGCAAAAACACUUGCUCCUGGUUUUUGGGUCGGAGUUCAGUACGACGAACCAGUUGGAAAACACGAUGGCAUGGUGAAGGGAAAACGGUACUUCAGCUGUCCUCCCCUUCAUGGUGGGAUGGUCCGACCAGAUAAAGUAAAGGUGGGGGAUUAUCCCGAACGCGAUCUCUUUGAAGAAGAGGAAAUAUAG